CAUUUUUUUUUUUACUAAAAUCAUGACUCCUCCAUCUUUUUUCCUUUCGUCUUUCCUCCCAGUUGCCCUGAACGAUGGGAGACAACGACGAGAAAAAGACCUCCCGGUCCCCGGAGCCGGAGCCGGAGACGGGUUCGGCUCGGAGGAGUCUCGACACCACCACUACCGAAGAAGGCGAUGUCAUCGCUCCAGCCCAGGAUGUUCAACGGCAGAUUUCGAGCCACGAGAAGGAUAAUGGUGAUAUGUUUCCCCCGAGGACAGAUGUGCCGCCUCCUCCACCCAAUGGAGGCUAUGGAUGGGUUUGCUGUGCCUGUGUUGCGACUAUCAACGCCCAUACAUGGGGUCUCAACUCGAGUUACGGAGUCUUUCUCGCCCACUUCAUUGCCAACAACACAUUCCCCGGAGCAACAUCUCUUCACUACGCUUUUGUCGGAUCAUUAAGUAUCGCUUGUGCCAUGCUUGUCUCACCCCUUGCUACACUCUGCGUUCGCGAAUUCGGCACGAAACCUACGCUCUUCGCGGGCAUCGUCUUGGAAACCGCUAGCUUGAUAUGCGCUAGCUUUGCGACCAAGAUAUAUCAACUCUUCCUCACCCAGGGUGUUUGCUUUGGUCUUGGAAUGGGCUUGCUCUUUGUUCCCAGCGUUGGUAUCGUUCCCCAAUGGUUCACAACUCGUCGGUCUCUCGCAAACGGCAUCAGUGCAGCUGGUUCGGGUCUCGGUGGUUUGUUAUACUCUUUGGCAGCUGGAGCUAUCAUCAGGAACAUCAGCCUCGCAUGGGCUUACAGAAUACUCGGCAUUAUUGUCUUCGUCGUCAAUAUCAUCUGCACUAUCCUAGUCAAGGAUCGCAACAAGAUCAUUGGCUCUCGUCAAGCACCCUUUGACCUCGGACUUCUCAAACGUGCCGAGUUUAUCCUGCUUCUUGGUUAUGGGUGGUUCAGUAUGUUGGGAUAUGUGGUUCUCAUCUUCAGUCUGGCAAACUACGCCAACUUCAUUGGUCUCGAUGCCUCUCAAGCAGCCAUGGUCAGCGCCAUCUUCAAUCUGGGUCAGGCUGCCGGCCGCCCUUUCAUCGGGUAUUUCAGUGAUCGCACCGGGCGAAUUAACAUGGCCUGCGGGACAACCUGGCUAGCUGCAAUUCUCGUCUUUGCUAUCUGGAUCAACGCCAAGUCUUAUGGGCUUCUCCUCUUCUUCACCAUCGUGGGAGGUGGCAUGGCCGGAACCUACUGGGCAACAGUGGCUCCAGUCACAGCCGAGGUCGUCGGCCUUGCUGAUGUUCCUGCUGCGCUCAACUUGACCUGGGUCAUCAUCAGCUUGCCUUGUACGUUCAGCACACCCAUUGCUCUACAGAUUGUUGCCGGUACCGGAAAGUACAUCGGCGCCCAAAUCUUUGUCGGCGUAAUGUAUAUCGCUGGAGGGCUGUGCCUCUUCUUCCUGCGCGGCUGGAAGAUUGGUGAACUCCGUGAGAUUGCUCGUGCUACGAAUCACGAUCCCGAGGAAAUACAUCGCGUUAGAUCUCAAGCGAGCGGUGCUAUUAGUAUCAAGAGCAGGAGAGUUGGUCGAAAGAAGAUGAUAGCUGAAUGCUAUAAGCCCAGCAAGGUUUAGCGACUUGUGCUUGAGCUGUAAAGUUAUGUGCUUUUUUGUCCCUAUUUGCAACAGUAUAUACGGCGCUUAGGAUAACGUUGGCGUUGGGUUUAUGAUCAAAUACUGUCAAAUGUUAGCAUUUGUUACCACGUGAAACGGCUUAAGCUAAUAAGUACAUAAUAAAAAUAAGAGCCAUCACAGGUCCAGGGAUCCAACCU